AUGUGGGUGGGAAUUUGCGAUGAUUACCCUCCCUACGUCACCCCGCUGAUGUUGGCCUGCGAGAAAAAUAGUUUUCCCGCGGUCAAAAUUUUGCUCCAUUAUGGUCAUCGCUUGCAUAAACCGCAUUUGCCCGAUUGCACCUGUCCUGAAUGCGAAAUGAUGGAAGACGUAUCACUCAUCGAGGCAAAAACUCGUUAUACCGAAUUCAAAUGCUUGGCCAGCCCACCCUACGUCAUACUGUCGACCUUUGACCCUUUGCUCUACAUGUUCCGGUUAAAUUCCGUCCUGAAAGCCGAAUCUAAAACGGAGCCAGAAUUUUAUGACGAAUAUACUGCUAUCGCAAAUCACUUCUGCAUGCAGCUGUUGAACCAAUGUCGAACGAAGGUCGAGGUCAUGAUCCUCCUAAGCAGGCAGGUGGAGUUCCCCAUGCGGACUACCCCCAUGCCCUUCAAUAGGGUCCAUCAGGCUCUCGAACUGGAUCUCUACACCUUUGUCACUAACGUCAAUUGCCAACAGGUUUGGGGUUUUCCCUAUUUUAAAAUUAAAAUCUUAUAG